AUGGAUGAUUCAGCUGGGGAUAGAGCUGAGCCUGCAGUACCCUUGCAUCAACAGGGUAUGAGCCCAACGCUUCCUGUGUUGGAGGGCGAGGAAAGAGGCCCCGAUUACCAUCGCGAUGAUCCAGAACAUCCUCGUAUGAACCGAGAUGCAGAUGGGCAACGGGGUUCAGCUCUGAUUCCUAAUGGUGUUCCUGCAGGAAGUUCCCCGGCACCCCCGAAUCUUCCAGAUCGACGGGGCUCUCAGGCAGAUGAAAGACCACCUCCGAGGUCUAUGAAUGAUGAUCAUUUGCCGACUACUACUCGGGGUGGCGGGUUUCAGGCGGCAGAGGAGGACUUGAAUGCGUUCAUGAUGAUUGAUAGAUCUCCUCCUCCGAUAACGCUACCUGUUCCCGAGCCGCCCAGCACGGCUCCCAGGGAGGCCGUCAUGUACAAUGCAAGUGGGGAACCGUUGUUCCCUCAGUUUCUUCCUUCGCCUUUACCAGGACAAUCGCCUUUGUCAGAUGCAGGUUCGCUGCCUGCGCGUGGGCCCAGCUGGUUCUCGAGGCUUGGUGACUACAUCCAGCGACGCGUGGAAGUGACUUCGUGGUCGGCGUCACAGGCAUCCGCUGGAGUGCAACAGCAGUGGCCUCGAUCUUCGGCUUCCGCUUCUGCCAAUGUGAGGCAGACUGCACCACAGGAGCCGAGAGAUGCUUCGGUCAGCAGCGGAGGUGUCUCUGCUGAAGCUGUGCAAGCUGAGGUUUCAAGACAGUUGGAAGUGGCAAUGGGUGAUGUGUUGCAGAGGUUGAAUACGGAAAGGAGGCGAACUGAGGAGGCUCGUGAUGAGGCUCGAAGGCUCAGAAGUCAGCUUGAACUACAAGAGAGCAGAGUCAUGUAUGCAGAAGCUCCUCGACUUCGUCCUCUUCGUGAUCGUCCCCAGGGAGGAGAAGAAGGUGCGGGAAUCCAACCUGAAGUUCUCGCCGAUCUACCUCCUCAGGUCCCUCAAGAGCAGCGCUUAGCAACUGGCAUUGCUCUACCUCCUCGUGCAAUCGAGCCACCACGUGAUCUAGCUGAACACGAUGGGAGUUAUGAUGCUCGCCUACGGGGUCUUGAUGGGGUACCAGGGGUGGAUAGAAAUGUACGAGGUGCUGGAAUCCAGCCUGAAGUUCUCUCUGAUCUACCUCCUCUGGGUUCCUUUGUUGACAAUAGACCGCCUAGUCGUCCUCGUUCGCAGUCACCUGGACCACGUUCGUUUUUGCAGGGUCUCUUCGGCUUGGGUGGUGGUCUUCGUGAUUCAGGCCCUCAGCCCUAUGGCGAUAGCGUUGGUUGCCGACAUUCGGAUGAUCAUGUUGUACCACCUCCACCACAACUUCCCCUACAACCUCCUCAACUACCACAACCACACAUACCUCUACAACCACCUCGAGUGCCAGGAGAUCCAGGACGUGCAGCUGGUGAUGCUGAUGGCGGCGUCCUUCUCACACUGGCGAAAGGCAUUGAAGCUUUGCUGCAGCAGAGUCAGUCAGGUCGUGGUGAUCGACCGGAAACUGUGAAACCGGGCAUCAGCGAGUUGCCGUUGCUCCCCGAGUACCAGCCUAGUUCGGGCAGUAUCGACCUCCUUAGUUGGAUCACCCACAUCGGCCCGAUGAUGGAGGACCUCUCAGAUACCAGUGGGGCUUGGUGGGAGUCGACAAUGGCCGAUGUUCUUCGCUGGUACCAGCAGUUUUCUUCCUCUACUCCGUUGGCCAGGCUUCAAUUGCGCCCUCGGCCAACUUCUCCGUUGAAGGCGGAAUGGGCACGGGUGGAAAGGCGGGCUACUGCGAUGAUGUUGAGUGCGGUGCCGAAGCAAGUCAGGGAUGAAGUGAUUGCCAGCGGGGAAGUUACUUCGUUGGGACUGCUGUGUAAGCUUUACUCCGUGUAUCAGCCCGGGAACUUGCAAGAGAAGAGCCUGGUGUUGAGGAUGUUGGAGCAGCCUGAAGAGUGCCAAUCGGCCCUCGCUGCAGUGGAGGCUCUUCGUAAGUGGAGCCUUUGGCGUCGCCGUGCCGCGACAAUGGGCAUCGCUGAACCAGAUGCUUCAAUCCUGCUGCGCGGUUUAGACCGUAUCACUGGACCUGUGGUCCGAGGGAGCGGGGAGCUGGCAUUUCGGGUCAGCUUGAUCAGGAGCACUUUGCAGUUGGAUGUUUGCCCCAGCUCCCAGAGCAUCACUACGUUCACCCAGCACUUGCAGGCCGAGAUGGAGCAGCAGGCGAGGCUUGGAGCAGCACGACCCGCUAGUGAUCAGGCUACAUCAUUGAAGGCUUUGGGUCGUGAGUGCAAGUAUCCUCACACUUGGAACCUUUUGGACAAGGUUAGCCGUCAGAAGAAGUGCCUCAACUGCGGGGCGCAGGGCCACAAAGCCAAGGAAUGCCGUGCUCCGGGUGGCGGUGCUGCAACUCCGAAGGGUGCUCCAAAGGGUGGUUCAGUUGGUGCGAGUGACACAGGUGCCACUUCUUCAUCUACGCCUACCUCUGAAACUUCACGGAGGGUGAACUUCGAGACGGGGGAUAUCCAGGCGAAGGUGAUGAAGGUCUUGGAGGGCCUUCAGGAGAUCUCGGUGUUCAAGCCGGGUGAAUGGUAUCAGGCUCGCAGUGUGGGAGUACAACUCGCCGGGGAUUCUGUGGCGCUGAUGAAACAGAAUGAGUCCGGAACUUUGUUGAGCACCGAUGAUAUGGCCCAGGUGAUCGUUCCCCUUGGCAAGGUCAUUGCCACCCUCGGCUACCGGCUGAGCUGGAACGCCAAUGUUUGUGAAUUGGUGGGGCCAACUGGGGAUGUGAUUCCUCUUACGGUCCGGAACGGAUGCCCGGAAGUCAGCGAGGGAGUGGCCCAUAGACUGAUUCAGAAGUUAGAGGAGCAACAGCUCCCUCAGCUUGAGCAGGCCACUCAAGCUUCCGUGAAGGCCAUCUCGCAGCUCAAGGCGAGCUGGUGGUCCUACCUCCGGAACUAUGUGAAGGGUGGCAAUGCUUUGGAUGCUCGUGCUGCGGUUGACAAGGCGGUGUUUCUUGAUUAUAAGGAUGUGAUCAAGGAUCAGCUGAUUGUGAAGCCGCCGAAGCAAGGGAUAUGGGAUCUUUUGAUGAAGGGGCUGCGCAUUAACCGCCGUGGAAGGAAGAAGUUGUUCAGAUCCAGGUCGUGGAUUGUGCGCUGGGAUUCCCCGGCCUCGGAGAGGCCUCGUGAUCCGUUGAAGCACCUCUCCUUUGUGGAUUGCGCGGUGUAUGUGAACAUGAGCACGUUGUUGGCUGAGAGUGACUUCGAUGAUGUUUGGAAGGUGAUCCAAUGGGCUGCUUUGGAUGGGAGGAUUUCAACAGUCGUCGCCAAGGAUGCGGCGACCAAGCACCCUGAGCAAGUUGUUGCAGGACCCCAUCGCAGCAAGGUUCACUUCUUACAUGCGUUGGCUUCGGUUGCUCGAGAAUGUCAUGGUGAUGGUCCAGUGAGAUUUUAUGUGGAAGAUCUGAGGAGAGCUGCAUCUACUCCAGCUUCCCAGGAGGAGCCUGCUUCCACUACUUGGCUUCCAUGGACGCGGUGUAAGGACUCGCGAGCCUACCUUGAGGAGAUGGGCAUGCUUGAUGUUUCCGUGGACCACUAUGAUGGACUUCGCUGUGUUCGAAUGGCGAAGAUGAGUAGUGACGCAGCGUGGCGACUGCAUGUUGCCAGGAACCAUCAGCCCUUUAGGAGAGACUGCUCUGUGUGCGUGAGGAACAGCGCGGCGGGCCAUCAGCACCGUUCGACUUUGCAUCCAAUGGCUUACAGCCUGAGUGUUGAUGUGGUGGGCCCCUUGAAGGGCUUUGGCCGUUCACCUGAUGGGAAGUUCUUCAAGUACUUUGUCAUUGGGGCGUUCAGGAUACCUGAGGUUGAGGGUGCUGAGGGCCAUGGAGAAGUUCGCGGUCACCCUCUCCCGCCGUUGGACGCCGAGGACGAGGAGGAGACGAUUGAGUGCGAUGACCCUCUUGACGAUGAUGCGGUCCCUGAGGGUGCGGGCGUGGGCUUGGAUGAAGUUGAGAAGGAGGAACAAACUUGGAAAGAGCUUUUGGCAACCUUCAAAGAACCAAUUGCUACCACGACUUUGUACUUUGCGGUCCCAGUCAACAACAAGAAGGCUGCCACCAUGCUACCAGCUGUGCAGCGCAUUGUGACAGAAGUGAAGGCUUUGGGCUAUCCAGUCACCCGUUUGCAUUCAGACCGAGGUGGAGAAUUUCGUGGCAACUUGGUGAGAAAAUGGGCCCUGUCUCAAGGGAUGUGGCCUACUACGACUACGGGAUCCGACUCAGCUGCCAAUGGCGUUGCGGAGGCUGGUGUGCGCUACUUGAAGCGCCGGGCGCGAGUGUUGCUUGAUGCUGGUGGAGUCUCCAAGGAGAAUUGGCCCACGGCGAUACAGUAUGCGGCUGCCCAGCAGCGGUCCGAACGUCUCGGUUCGCUACCAGUGAUGCCUGUUGCUUAUGGCACCAAGGUCUAUGUGAAGACCAAGAGGUACAAGACUGGAGCAGUGGAGGACUUCGGUCCUCAUUGGACCAAGGGUCGCUAUGUGGGCCCUUCCACUGACAUCCGGGGAGGCCAUGUUAUCCUCAAGGACUCCGGCACCUUUAUUCAAACUACCCAUGUUCGAGUGACCCGAGAUCCACCUACCGUUGAUGAUGUGGCUCCAACCGUGCUCGUCGAGCCUGAGGAGAGUGAUGGACCUGCUGAUGGAGAACCUCCUCUACCACCACCCGCUCUACCGCCACCGGCAAGAAGGAUGAGAGCUAAGGCUCCUAUGGUCUCCAAGAUGGACACGUUUUAUCAACCAUUGGAAGUGCUGUCGGACGUGCUUCCCUCCUCUGUGGAAGAUGAUUGUCCAGAUGGAUCCGUGAAGUACCUCCGUGCCGGGGAGAUUGAUUACGUCGAGACUGUUGCGGAGCAGAUGUUUCGCAAUGAUUGUUUCAGCGAAAAGGAAUGUGCUCGUCUUCUGGCGCUGUUUGCGGGAACUUGUGGAAACUUGAAGGUUCCUCGCGCUCCUGAAGGCCAAGGGAUGAUCCUCGGUGCGUUUGUUCAUGGUGGGUCGUUUGGGGUUACGAGAUAUGGUCGUGACCUCCCAUGGGUAACCCGCUACUUCAACAGCUAUUUGAGAGCCAAGAUUGACAAGCAUUGGCCUGGGCUGCACACUACAUGGACUACCAUUGCCCUUCAGUCUGCUGAGCAGAUACCCAAACAUAAGGACAGCCACAACGAGCGCAACACCUACAACUACGUGCUGGAGCUGAAGACGAGAUCCUUGGACGGUUUGUGGGUUGAAAACCAAGGAAUGGAACGACGUGUGGUUGGUGGUGCCAAUGCGAAGGAUUAUCAGUACGUUGACCAACAUGGGCAGGCUCAUGAAGGAUGCUUGGUUGAUGUCACCAAGAAGCCGGCGGUGUUUGAUCCGCAUGUACCACACGCUUAUGUGACUGAGGGAAACAGGAAAUGGUUCUUGUCUGCAUAUACCCCUCAAGGAGCCUACAAGCUGAAUGCGAACGACCAGAAGUACCUGGCAGCCCUUAAUUUCCCGUUGGCUCAUGUUGACGAUGAAGGUGAUGAUGAUUCCGUUGGUAAUUCAUUGGAAACCAGACCGAUGAUGAGGGCAGCUUCCUUGCCAUCAGCUACAUUGUUGGGUGGAGCUCAUGAUGAAGUUGGUGAGGUGGAUGCUGUUACCACGGGAGAUUGCGAAGCUACCAUGUGGGAUUGGGCUUUGUAUGCUGAGGAGCCUGUUGAGGAGGAGGGUGUCGAUGGUGAGGUCAGCGCGAAAGCUUGUUUGAAGCGACUUUGCAGCUCUGAGGAUCCAGGUGCUGAGUUGCCUGGACUUACGUUGAUCCCGGAGAUCUUCAAUGAGGGUGAAGGGGACUUUGAGUAUAAGGCCGAUAUGGAAAGGAGUGUUGAGUAUUGGGCUUCGCUGGGGCUGUAUGAUGUUCCUCGUGUCGCGAAGCUUGAGCCUGAGUACGUUGAGGAUAUUGAAGGCAUUAUCCAGACGGCCAUUGACAACAAGAUCCCCCUAAGGCACACCUACAAUGUGAGUCCUCAGGAAGCCAAGGCUGUGAUAGCAAAGUGGCGACCCGCAAUAUCAAAGGAGCUUGGUGUUGUUGAAAAAGGAUUCGAGCGUGUGACUACCUCUGAGGUUAGCGAGCUGAAGAAGAAGUUUGUUGUCCAGGAGCUGCCCUCCAAGUUGGUUUAUACUGUGAAACCUCCGGCUGCCGAGUCGGCUGAGGAGGAGGGCGAAUCCGCCCUUUGUAAAAGAAAGGCACGCAUAGUGUGCUGCGGCAAUUACGCCGCCGAAGACCAGAAUGAGUUGUAUGCGGGUGGCGCUGCAGCAGAGAGUCUUCGGUGUGCUCUUACAUACAGCGCACGCCGCCGUUGGCGAUCAGGGAUCACUGACAUCUCUGGAGCAUUCAUGCUCACACCGCUGCCGCGCGGUGAACGGGAGACUGUGUACAUCAUCAGGCCUCCGGCUGCUUUGAUCCAGCUGGGGUUGGCACAGCCUACCGAGAGAUGGUUGUUGACGCAUGGCAUGUAUGGUUUACGUCAGUCGCCUAAGCUCUGGGCGUCGUAUCGGGACGACUACAUUGCCGGUGUUGAGGUCGAGCAUGAAGGCAAGACGUGGUCCCUGAAGCAGGGCAAGGCAGAGCCAAACCUAUGGAUGGUUUAUGAGGUUGGAGCGCCAGAAUGUGAUCCCACUGGCUUGGUUUUGCUCUACGUCGACGAUAUCCUCUUGGCUGGCCCGUUGUGGCUUGUCACGGCCCUCGCGGCGACGAUUUCAGCCAAGUGGAAAACCUCGGAGCUGGACCUGCUUUCUUUUGACCAUGAUAUCCGGUUUUUGGGUUGCGAGAUUGCCACCAAUGAGGAGUUCUCUGCGAUCUACCUUCACCAGCGGCCCUACAUCGAGGAGAUUUUACGUCAUCAUGGCACAGAGCAGACCGAGCAGUCUCCCAUCCAGGCUCCGAAGGAAUGGGUCACGUUUGAGGCCUUUGAGGGUGAAGAUCGGGGGAGUGAUGAUGAGGUGAAGCAAGCUCAAAAGGCUUGUGGUGAACUCCUUUGGAUUGCCCAGAGAAGCAGACCGGACAUCAGCUUUGUUGUUUGUGCUAUGGGUUCUUUGCUGACCAGGGCAGCGCCCAGAUGCUUGAGGAUUGCGGCUCGCCUCAGGUCCUACCUUCAGCGUACAAAACACCUGGCGUUGAGUUUGAGGCCAACCACUUCUGACUUCGCCGUGUACACGGACAGCUCUUUCGCUCCGGAGGGCUCCCGCAGCCACUCUGGAAUGGUUGCUGUGUGGAUGGGAGCGCCAAUAUGUUGGCGUUCGGCUCGUCAGCCGUUCGUGUGCCUGAGUACUGCUGAAUGCGAGUUGCUGGCAGCCACAGAAGGUUUGGUCAUUGGCAAAAGCAUUGCUGCGGUAGUGCGUGAGAUGCAUAAAGAUUUGGGUCACAUUUCUCUUCGCAUCGAUAAUCAGGCUGCGAUUACACUAGCAAAGCCCUCUUCGUCUACUUCGUGGCGCACCCGCCACCUAAGAGUUCGGGCGGCCUACAUCCAUGAGCAGAUCCUCACCGACCAGGUCUCAGUUGUCUACGUCCCAGGCUCCAACCAGUGGGCCGACCUACUCACGAAAUCGUUUCCCCGUCAGCGACUUGAAGAGCUGGUUGGGAUUUGGGGUUUUGUGGAUUUGGUCACAGAAGUUUCUAAGCUGGCUUUGGUUCGUAUGAUGGUGCUUUGUAUGAUGGUUCAGACGGCCCGUGCGUCGAGUAUUGAGCCCUUGGCACUGGACAGUUCCUUUGAGCUGUAUGCUGCGAUCGCUGUUGCUGGCAUGGCCCUUGUUGGCUUGUGGGAGGCUUUUUGGUACGUAUGGGAACGUUGCUGUGGCGAUCCCGGCGAGUCAAGGUCUUCGAAGCGUCAUCGUCGACUACAAGAGGCGGUCCAACGUGAAUUGGCUGCCAAGUUGGCUGAAAUGGAGACGACCGACCCGCCGCCACCUAAGCGUGCGACCAGUGAGUGGAUGGGUGCACCAUCUUCGACUUCGAGCUCUUCUACUUCUACGGUGGUGCGGCGAGGAAGGAGUGCUCUUUCAAGGCGAAGUUUGGAUGUCGGAGUUCAAACGGAUCCGUUGCCACCUCCUCGAGGCCAAGUCGAAGUUCGUGAAGUGAUGGUGCCCCAAUGGCAUGAAGGUCCUGUGUAUGUUUCAGGAAAUGGUGAUCAUUUUCACACACGCCAGGAGCAUUUCCGUGGUCGCCUGAUCCAGGCCGUCAACGAGCAGGCGAAGGCAGCCAGCAUGUAG